GUAAGUCUAGGGAAAUUCUCUUUUACCAAUGCCGACGGAAUCCCGACGUAACACAGGUAUAUAGAGAUCAGUGGUUCAAGGUCUCCGAAAUUAGGAUACCGAACAUCAAAGAUUUCAACAAAAGUGUUGUCCUUGUAUGUUACUCUAUGCCUGCAUGUAAUUGGAGUUCAAUGACUGGUGACUUUACUUUCAAAUAGCCUAAAUCUAUUUAACCCACUGUACCCUAGGGUGUAUUAAAGUUGCGCGAGAACAUGUCAUAUGUAUAUAUGGCGCUAGAUUUCCAGUUAGCGGAAUAACAUUGAAAUCGCUACACCCUACUGAUAUGUAUUAGAAUUGGCUGUGGUUUCGUGUAAACUGAUUCAUAUUCAAAUCGAAAGAUUAAAUUAAAAAUAACAACUAAAACAACUGGAAGCAAAACAGUUGAAACAAAAUCAUAUUUAAAACGAAUUUAAACAGGUAACAUAAUGCAAAGGUCCUCUAGAUUAAAACGUGAACUUAAACAACUAGAAUGUAAUCCUACAGAAGGAAUUUGUUGUUAUACAAAGACAAAUAAUUUUGCAAGUCUUGUCGCAACAAUUGUAGGACCAGGUGGAAGCCCGUACAAUGGUGGCAUUUUUGAACUAGAAAUUGAUGUACCUGAGAAGUAUCCAUUUGAACCUCCACGGAUUACUUUUAAGACACCUGUUUAUCAUCCAAACAUUGAUAAUAAAGGCCGUAUUUGUAUGGAUUUAUUAAACAUGCCACCUAAAGGUAGUUGGAAGCCUACUAUUGGUUUGAAAAAUCUUUUGGAUGCUAUACAACAUCUACUAGGAAAUCCAAAUCCUGAUGAUCCUCUAAUGAUAGAUAUAGCUCAAGAAUAUAAAUUUAACAGACAAAAGUUUGAACAACAAGUAAAAAUAUAUGUUGAAGAAACUAAAAAU